AGUGCGCCUACACAAUGGCGAGCCACGUCAAUACAAAAAGAUGGCGGUGUAGCGAUUUCGAUACUUGGCACCAUGGAUGCUCUUUUUAGCCCGUCAGUAGCAGUUAUUGAACUCAAAUAAACCUCACUGCGCAACGCAUUGGGUCGCUGUUAUUCAUUCAAGGUCGCACGUGCUAUAAAACAACAGCUGGUAAUCAGCUAACUAGGCCAUCACUGAAAAAGACAAAGAGCCUUAUUUACAGGGGUGAUUUUCAUUGGUCAAUUUCACCACGCCUCCAUAACCUUGACCUAUUUGCUUCGACCGGGGACUGGACUUGAACGAACUUUUGACAGUCAAAAAUGUCUCGACUUUUGCGGAUUACGCAGCUUCGACCGCACCUGAGACUGGUUCAACCGUUUAGCACGGAGGCCGAGCGACUCCACGAGCUUCCGUUUAAAUACCCGGAGGUGAAGGGUUCGCCAAUAUGGAUGGAAAAAAUGAGAACCUGGUUCUUCAGACAAGAUGUCGACCGCGACGGCUACCUGAGCAAGGGUGACUUUGAACAGCAGGCCAGGCGGAUCACUGAAUUUAUGAAACUUAACGACGAACAAGCCAAAAAACUGAUGGACAACCGCAUGCAUAUUUGGAAGUAUUACGUCAGCGGUGACCCUGACAACUCGGACACUGUCAAGAUCCCGGAUGUGGAAGGAAAACGUCGCUUUCUGUUGGCUGUCAACUCAACAUUACGUCAGAGCUUCUUUGAGACAUUCAGCAUUCACUUUGAUGGUAUUGACCUUAACAACGAUGGGGAAAUAUCGCAAGAGGAGCACGCUGCCUUUUUCUAUGGCUACAACAUCCCUACGGAGUUUUCUCCGGAGGUCUUCAAAACUUUAGACACGAAUAACGAUGGGCAUGUAAGUAGGGAGCAGUUCCUGACGGCCUAUCUAGAUUUUAUAUUCAGUGAAGAUCCGGAUAGCAAACAUGUGCACUUUUGCGGACCUCUUUUGAAAUGAUGUUCAGUAGGGAACGCAUCUUGAAUAAUUGAAUUCAUCUCCGUAUCGGGUGAACCACGAUUUGAACAGUUGAAACUAAAAAUAAGAAUCACGUGCUGGACUAGCAUAAUCACGAUAUGAUAAGUAGAGAAGGCCGACCUUGAAAAAAUAUCAGCGUUCUCUUAAAACUUUAUUCUGCGAGAAAUUACUCAGCUUUUAUUACUUCCUUAUAUUAUUUUGACAGACUAUAAUUUUUUAUUUUCUUUGUCGCUUGGUGGCAGUGUAUGUUUUUCAGCUUUAACGAAACACGUUUUUGAUGGAAUGAUGGCAGUUUUAAUGAUAAAAUAAGCUGGCGCAAACACAUUUUACAUUGUAUUACAAAGGACAAACAACCAUAAAUUCAUUACACGAUGAAACCUGCAAGACGUUUUUGGUACGGCUUGAGGUUAGUAAUAUUUGUUUUGGAAACAGAUUUUAUCUCCGUAUCGGUUAAUUGAUUUUAUAAGUUUUUUGUUGGGUGUCUUUUUUACAUUUUUGCGAAUGCCGUCAAUGACUGGCAAUUAAUAUCUUUAUACUGAUAAUUGCAAGUGGUUUAUUUAUGCACAUGGGAGCAGAAAAAUUAAAUAAGUUGAAAAAA